CUGCAGCAAGGAAAUGUACCUACCUAGUCUCAAAAGUACAAGUUUUUACUAAUUUACUGUAUAUUUAUAUGGUUAAUUCCUUUCCUAUUUAAGAAUGGCGUUAUUUUUAGAAGAUCCAGGGAAGAGGAGAAUCAAAGUAGUCAAGAAUUUGAUGUGUGCCAUGGAAACAAGAUUUUGUAUUGGAAAAGGUAUGCAAGUUAAUGAAAAUCAUUACUUAUUUUAAUCAUAAAAUGGUAUUUAUAAAAUAAAAUAUACUAAAUAUGUUUUAAUUAAGAUCUUAUUAUCAAAUGAAUUAUUUUCAUUACAUUGAAUCAGCAUAAUAAAAAAAAUAGGACCAGGUAGUCUAUUAAAUAGGUACUUAUUUAUUAUUUUGGAACCCAAUUCCUUUACAUACUGCAAUCAUUAUUUAUUUACAUCCACUUUAAUAUAUAUCAAUUUAAUGUAGAGUAAGCAUCUAUUGAUGAAGUUAAAUAGGUAUACCUACAAGAAUUCAGAAUACAAAUGAAACUUAUAAUAUUACCUUCUUAUUACACAUACAAUAAUAAUUUAUAUAGCAAAAAAGUAAAUCGGUAGGCAAUGAUAUAUUUGAAUUGAAGGUCUAAAACUAAAAUAGGUAAUAGUUAUAUUAUUUUGAAGUGAGGUUUUUGCCAAAAUCUCUACCAUUCAUGUCUUGUUGUAUACAUAAUUGCAUAACAUUGUAAGUAAUAAUUAUUUAAAAUAGGUAGGCCUAUUUAGGUACAUUAUGACAAUACAGUAAUUAAUUGUGUAAAACAUGAAACAUAGCAUUCUUUAUAGACUGGCGAGUGUCCGCGUGCGUGACUAGGUACUACCUACGCCCGCAAGAAAUCAAGUUUUAUAUUCGUGAAAAGCAGUAGGUAGCAUGAGACGUCGGAGAUCCUUUUAUCUUUAAUUUUUCCCCUAUGAUGUUUUUACGCAAUUGUUUAUACCUAAAUGUAUCCACAUAAUUAUCAGUAUUUUGCAAACUUUUAGCAGGUAACCCAAGCUACUCUGUAAAAUUUUGUUUUGUGCACGUGUUUUAUCAGAUUUUCAUCUAUGACAAAGUUUAGGCACGUCUGGAUGCCGGAAAAACUUGGAAGGAUUUCGUUUCCUUUAUUUCGGAAAUUCGUUUUUUUUUAAUCGUGUACCAUAGACGCCUGCCAUUUUAAGAACGUGCGUGCACUACGAUAAAAACCUUAUUGCGGAAUUGCCGCACGGUUGUGGAUCAAAUGCUAUAAGAGACCGUAUUGUGUCCAAAACGGCACGACUACGGUCCUAAUUAUGGUAUGAUUGUAAAUCUAAAAACACUAUGAAAUCUAUAGCUGUCUUUGUAAACAUACCAUUUUGAUAACCUAAAAAAAACAGAACCGGAAGUAGACUGAAUACACGAGUCAAAUUGUUUCAAAUUUAGAAAUAGGUUUACUUGUAAAUUAAAGCGAUAUGAAUGAAAUAUAUAAUAUAUUAUUUGCAUUGGAUUGUUUAUUGUUCUGUACAUAUUAAUGAGUAUUUUAAUUUAAAAGCAGUUAACUAUUUACCUACUUACUUUUCUUUGACGCAUUAUCGCGGCUACUUGACAGUAUCGUUUUUUAUUACUUUUAAUUUUUUAAGACUUCUUAGAGAUAAAAUUAGUAUUCUUAUCGCCAUAGAAAAAUGUUAAAUUGAAUUACAAAAAUCUUAAUAAAGGGUUAGCAUAGAUUACAAUCUUUGUUUAAUAUUUAGCGCUCUUUUGACUUUACCGCGCAAGUACCUAGUUCAAGGACGUAAUGUGCUAUCUCUUUCCUAUUUAUGAUAUUAGACAAAGAGUGAUGAACUGUUCGCCUGCAUGCAUUUCGUCGUCAGUGUUUGUCGAUGAAUGCGAGUGCUGCUCCCUUCUCAGUGAAUUUAGUGAUAAUUGAAGUUAUUCCGCCAUUAGCGCUUUGUAUUUUAUAAUUUUUGAUUUCUGUGGUGUUCCAACUAGCUUCUUAUUCACAUAAAGUCAGUGUAUCUUCACGCUAAUUGCGUUCAACUUGUGUGUCUCCCUACAAACCGUAUCAUUUCCUGUUUCACGAUACAGAAACAAGCAACUGCGAUCGCUAGCUAGCGUACUCUUUUCGUUAUCACAAACAAGCCGCUCUACAAUAGAUCCGUCAGUUUUGGAUUGCGUAUUAUGGAGCCGGUGGAGAAGUAAAUUAACAGAAAAUGUCAAACGUGGAUUAUUCAGUGCAGUGCAAACUUGUGUUAGUGUUGUGAAAAUACUCGAGGCGGGAAGUGUUACAUAAGGGAUGUGCUUAUUAGCGAGCCCGCCCUGAGGCGUCGGGCGCCGGCGUCCGAGGCGGGCUACGCGCGUGUCAUGGCUCCGGCGCUCUCUGUUGCUCCUGGAGAGUCCCACUCUUAUGACGCUACUGAGGAUAUUGACAAACUUAUUCCGCUGAGAAGACGGGCGCUUGCGUCCGUCGAUAAUUUCGCAACACACAUGGAGGAGGACGACAUGGGACUCCAAAACCAACCCAGUCUUGCCAAGGACUCUCAGGAAAUGGAACAGAUUUUAGUUGAUUUGGGCAGCAGUGAUCUAGCUCAAGCUGACUUACUUCAAGCAAUCAAAACCUUUGAAAGUGGAGAUGGACUGUCUACAGGUGACCCAGACGGGAUUUUUCCAUUGAGUGCAUUUGACUUGCCAGAAACUGCAGAUUCGGAGGGUGAUGCAGCUGAUGAUAAGAUCAGAUUGUCACAAGCACGUUUAGAACGUCGUUGUGCAUUUUUACAAAGGCGGUUAAGAAUUUUGCAAGCUAGGAGUAUUGGAAAAAGAAUAUCAGAAGAGGCUGCACAGACUUUUGAAAAGUGUAUUAAAGGAGCACGUAAAGAUGGUGGAGGUAGACCUAUUGGCCUUAAAGCUUUUUUGAAACGGGUAGAAACAACUGCAGUGCUGCAAGCUAGUGCUGCUUCCAGGUCUGUUGUGGGACCUAAAUAUUACCAUGCCAGCACUUCACAUGUUGAUGCAUCAAAGUCUGCAGCAGUUGGAAUAUCGUCAGGAACUCUUACUGGCUUGGAGGAUACUGCUGGUGCAUUGAGAUCUCACUUAUCUGUAGUGAAGCAUGAGUUGGACUCGGAUGCCACAGCAUCCUCUUCUGGAGCUGAAAGUAAUGAUGAAUCAGUAACAUACAACAAUGCACACCAACAACAUAUGCCAAUAGAGAAACGGGCAUUAUGGUCAUGGCAAAAGAAUCGUGCUUCAAUUGCUUCUCGUUGGUGCUGGCUCCAAGCUCAGGUACAAGAGCUGGAGUACAAGAUUCGCCAACACAGUGACUUGCAUAAGCAGGUCCGUGAAGCGAAAGGUCCUGUAGAAUUUGAAGGAGAGCCAGUAGCCUAUGAAGGCAGUUUACCUGGUUCCGAUGUCCCUGAUGAUCCUGCAACAGAGACUUGUGCGAGAGUUCGCCCUCUUAAACGGGAAACCUUCAAGAAGAGGAAGCUGCUGCAGAUGCAUAACUUACACAUUGCCACAGCGAAGGCUGCUAAACCAUCAGAUAUAAGUUGUAGCUGCCAGUAUUCCGUGGAGAGUUGCGGCGUCUGCACCGGCCGCGCCGAACCCACGAUGCCGGAGCCGGCGCCCUCCACCCUCCCGCCCGCACUCAAGCUGGCGCGCUGCGACCCAGCCUACCACCCCGUGCUCAGCGACAUUAAGGAUGUUCCAGCUGGCGAGCACCUGGCGGCACUGUGUUCCCGCGCGUGGUUUCGGUGGCGCGCGCGUCCCCGCGCCCCGCCCGCCCCGCGCGCACCUGCGCCCGCGCCUCGACACAAGCGCCCGCCCACACGAUUGAAAAGAGGUAGACCACCACUAUCAAGAAAAAUAAAAGAAAGAGACAGCAAGGGUGAAAAGGAUGAGGAGACUACUACUACUACAUCAAGUAAUGAACGGGGUCGCGGCCGAGCCAGUACGGAAAGCCGCGCCCGUCGCCAAUCGUACGACAUCGACAACAUCGUGAUACCGCAGAGCGUGGCUGCCAACACUCGCCCGCAGAUCCUCACCUACAAGGAGAUCCUCACACCCAAAUGGCGUGUGUUAGAGAUACCUGAAGUGGCAUUGAACAAUGGGGUCUCGAAAUCAUCUGAUCUACUAUCUAUGGAAAGCGAGGAUGAAGACAUAUCCGAGGCGGCGGUACACGCUCGCCACGUGCGCGCCGAACAACGCGAGCGCGGAAGAUACGCGCGAGCCACCCGACACCGCCGCCCCCAGGAGCCCGCCGCCGACCCUCCGCCAGCCCCGCCCCCGCCCCCACCCGCGCCCCUGCCGCCGCCACCACCCGCGCCCCCGCAGGAACCGCGCGAGAGCGUACGCCCAUAUUCGCCGCGUCAGUUCCCACUACCGGAAUGCACGUACGUGGGAAUGGUGGCCGAUAUGCCCGAGGGAUUCACUCGGCCUCCUUCCCCUGAACAAUCUCCCCCUCUACCACCCCUGCCAGACGACUACUCCAGCGAUCUAUCGCCGAUGUCCAACCCCGCCUUUGACGCAGACGACCCUGAUGAUGUCGAAUGGGACCCGAGUGCUGAAAAAGAAAAGGAUCGAAAGAAAAUGUUCCGGUGAAAUAGUGUCAGUGUUUGUGUUAAGUGACUUAAGUGAAUACAAGAUGAAGUGUCUGAUAGAAGACCAGUCGUUGUUGUGAAUAGAAGAUAAUGUACAGUGGGAUCUGAAGUAAGAAAACAUAUUUAAUUCAUGAAGAUGCCAUGAUUGUGUUAAAACAUUGGUAUCAUUGGAUAUACGAUGUGAGAAUAAUCACUGUUGUCUAAGACAAUGUAGAGCAGAAUGUAAAAUGUCUUAAGAUGUAGUACACCUGCCAAGUUAGUGUUUGUACACCGAAAUACUUGCAUUUAAGGAAAAAUCAGAAUCCAACUCCAAGAUGUCUCCAAUGACUUGUUGCUACUAACUACAAAACCAAGAAAUGUAAUCUGGAAUCUAAAUUUUAAGAAAGCAAAACACAAAAGAUCCAGAUGUGGAAAAUGGCUGGCCUCUACCUUCCUAACAUGAUGUGUUAGUGUUUGUACAAUUAUACAUCAAUUUCUCUUGCAUAUAGUGUUGCAAACAAGGGUUGACUUCACGAAAGUCUUUAUCUGUCAUCCUAAGUAUCCUAUGCUAUAGUGUUGGUGUACAAACACUGAAUAUCAAAUAUGGAAGAAAGAAGAAAAAUUAAUAGCUUUAUUGUAUAUGACUCAACACUGGAAGUUAGCUUUGUCAUUAGAUAUGGAACAGUUCCUUACUUUAUAAUAAAACAGUUAAGAUAGUUCCACUUGAGGAUCAGCAGGACUACUUUGGCUAUAUGAAACAUUAACCGAAGAAAAAUCUAUAGCUUUGCAAUAUCUUGCCAACUUUGGUUAAGCAGAAUCACAAAAAAUGUAAUAUCUAAAGUACACUUUAGAGCCUGCCAAAUGUAAACCAUAACGUGUUGUGUCCAAUCUACUGCAAUGAUCUCUAUUAUCAUGAAUUAUUCAAAUGGUAGCUUUUAUAUUUUUUUCUGCUCAUUACAAGAAGUCUUCUAUUGAUAUUCUUGGAGUGUGGAACUGCAAAAGAAGAUUCAUUUCAUUACACAAUUUUUGUAAAUUUGACUACAACCUUUUUUCAUUUAACUAUUAUUAAUUAACUGUCCCUACAAAUUACUUUUUGUGUUGAUGAUAAUUGAGUCCAGAAAAAUCACAACUGUAUUGGAAAUGUGACAUUUUGUUAUCUAAACUAACAAAAAUCUCAUUCUACAUUCACUAAUACUUAAAAAAAUAUUUAAAUGAAACAGGAAUUCACUAAAUUUGACUUUAAGCGAUUCAUUAAUGAUUAAAAUAAUGACAAUGGAAUACUACACAAAGAAAUAAUAGUUAUGAGAAUAUGUCCUGUAAAUGAAAUGCGGUCCCAAUUACUGACAAUUGUACAGCAAUCAAUGACAAAUCUGUAUAUCCCAUUACACAAUGCACCCAGUGAUAUAAUUAUAGCAAUUUUAUAAUUCUAUCACUGGGUGCAUUUGAAGCAAACUAAAAGAAAGUUUGCAAGUCCAUCACAGUAUUUAAGCAAAUUCUACUAACUUUGUGGUCUAUUAUAAACAAUCUGUUUCUCAAAAAAUAUUUUUUAAUUGUCAUAAUAUAACAGGCACAGGAACUUUUUUUUUUUACUUUUUCAAAUAGUGAAAUAUCCGUGAAUGGUGUUUUAUACUUUUACAAUAGCUGCGUUUAUGAAGUGUCAUUGGUCUGCUUUGAUGAAUGAUUUUUAUAUUUUGUCAUGUGGUUGAUUUAAUCCAAAAGUUCGAAGCUUUAGUGCUUAUAAUAAGUUUAGUGACAACUUUAGAGAGUAUGCUUUGUAUAAAUUGUAAGAAACUAACUAUGUUUAUAGUAGUAUUAGUCAUUAUAUCAUAGUUAUUGCAUAUUGAUGCUGCACCCAGUGUCGCAGGUCACCUCACUGUAAAUAUUACACCUAAUACAUUCCUUAUUUGAUUGGCUGCUUAUACUGAUAAUAUUUAACUUUUUGACAAUACACAUAAUACUUUUGGAACCUUACAAAAUAUGUAUUGCAAUAAUUAUUGCUCACUUUUAUCACAAUAUGGUAUAUUUUAAACCUUAGCAAUAUUUAGGUCCGGUGUUACUUAAAAAUAUCUGUAAUUUCAAAUUGUUUAUAUCCACACAAUCAAAUGAUCCAUGUCUUGAAGUGAUAUGUUUGAUAUGCUGUUGAUAGUACAAUAUAAAAUGGGUGCACAUUAUUAGUACAGGUAUAUGAUAUGAUUUACUUUCAAUAUAUUUUGAUUCAAAAAUUUAUAUUUAUAGUAAGUUGUUUCAAAUGUAUUUAAGACAUAUAUGUUGCCCUUUAAUAUCGCAUAGCGUUGUGUAAAUAUGUAUUACAUUUGAAAAUUUCAUAGGGCACUGAAAUAGUAACAUAUAGACUGGCUAUAUUAAAUUGUAUGUUAUGAAUCUCUAUAAGAGUAAAAUUUUAUGGGACCCCUGGUUGGAUAACUAAUGAGUUAUUUAGAAUCAACCAAAGAAAACAAUAAUUGCGUAUUUUUUGUUUGCUAAAGUGUGAGAAGUAAUGAGAACUGACUCCAUUUGUAAUAAAUUCCUCCUUAUUGAUGGGGUCCCUAAAAGCAUUUUAUUUUACUAAUGGGAAGUGAUAGUGUGUGAGUAAUUGAGUGGAGUUGUUCAAUUAAUGCUCAAGCAAAUGCAUGAAUAUAUAUAUAUAUAUUAUUAUAUAUUAAAUUAAGAUAUUUUUUUCCAUUUAUAUGCAAUUUCUGAAUAUUCUAAUUCAUCUUAAUAGGUUUCAUUAAGAAGAUUCCACAGAUCAGAAUAUGACGUCUGUUCUGGGCGAUAAAAAGGGAAAUGAAAUUGCAAUGUCACUCAUAUAAUUUUCAAGACAGCACAAUAUGACAACAGACUAUGUAAGAUCGGGUCUUGUAGCAUGGCCACUGAAAAUAAUGUACAUCUAACUGUUAAAAUACAAUGGAUUUUCACAUUUGUGGUUUCAUAAUUUGUUACAUUAUAAUGUAUUGCUGAGGUUUUGCUAUGGGACCAGUUCGCUGUAUUGAACAUUAUUAAAUUGGAUUAGGUUUGCAGGUUCUGAAAUCUGGUGCAGUAUGCUUAUUUUUGUAUUACACAUUCAACAUUUUGAACAUUUUUAUUAAUGUAAAAAAUAUUUAUGCAUUAAAAAUAUAAUACACUACGAAUUUUGUUUAACAUAGUGUAUAAUAAUUUUCACAUUGUCAAUAAUAGUUUGAUGUAAUAGAAAAAACUGUAUAAUACCGACGCAUUUGCUCGUGUCAUAAUUUUGAGGGUUGGUUGGGUGUACCGUAAAACAAGAAUUUUGUUUUUUGCUAUUUUAAAAGAAGCCAAAGUCUUCUUAUUUGUAUUGUGUAAGUAGACCUAAGGUUUUUUAAGGUGACGACAAGUCCGAUUAAGAUGUGCUUGAGAAAAUGUCUGUAUAAAAAGUUACAUUUGAUGAGUUAUAUUUUGUUUCAUUCAC